GUGUGUGAUGUUGCCGGUGUGUUCGUGGUAUCUCCAGGAUGAAAGAAAAGAUAUUUAUGAAGCGCAGUUCUGUUCUGUUGGUGGCGUUGUAUUGGUCAGCUGUAUGUCGCGUUUUUGCACUUCCGGAUAGUUUAACUGUGGUGGGACUUUUUAAUGAUCCCUUGUCGGACUUAAAGUACGUCUUCGAUUACGCCAUCAGCAGCGUAAAUGAAGACAGUGAUCUGCGGAUAUCCGGGACGAGAUUAGAUGGGAAAAAGCAUGAUAUUCCACCCUUCGACAGUUUCCGGGCUUCCAAGCAGGUAUGCCGGAUCCUUCAUGAACAAGUGCUGGCCGUAAUGGGCCCGCAGAAUCCUUUCUCCAGUGAUAAUGUGCAAUCCAUUGCCGAGUCGCUGUCCAUUCCGCACAUUGAGGCGCGCUGGGAUUAUCGGAUCUGGUCGCCUAAUGAAUCUUUCUCUACAAACGUCUAUCCCGAUUAUCGGGUACUCAGUCGGGCUUUCAGCGAUAUUGUCAAGCUGUGGCAGUGGCCUUCCUUCACCAUUUUAUACGAAACCAAUGAAGGUAUAAUAAAGCUACAGGAAUUGCUUCGUGGAGCAACCAAGAUGAAAGUUUCCCUGAGAUUAUUAAAAGGUCCCGAUUACCAUGAUGUGCUGAAGGACGUGCGUGCGAGCGGUGAAUCACGAAUAAUUCUGGAUUGUCACGUCAGUAAAGUACCGGACAUUUUACAUCAAGCUCAACAGCUCAAGUUGACCUCCCCGUAUUACCAGUACCUUCUGACAACCCUGGAUUUGCACACAAUUGACUUGUCCACAUUUGUCCACGAUCAUCCCAACAUCACCGCCUUCCGUUUGGUAAAUCCCAGAGCGAAAAAUGUUCAAACGGCCGUGCGGGGCUGGACCGCGCACAGGAUUACACCGGGAUCCGUUGGCACGGUGCCCAGCAAUUUGGUUGUAACAACUGAUCAAGCCCUGUUCUACGAUUCCAUGCUACUAUUGGCCAAAGCCUUAACCCGUCCGGAAGUGGCUGAUCUCGCCACGGUGCCCGUUAACUGCGACAACGAACAGGCCUGGUCCCGUGGUCGCGAUUUCGUGAAUGCCCUGGCAGCGACACAAGUCAAAGGGCUAUCGGGAAUGAUCAAAUUCAACGAAAAUCGCAGCCGCACUGAUUUUAAGCUGGACAUUGUGCAACUAUUGUCGAGAGGCUACCAGGAAGUAGGGCGUUGGAAUCCGCGCGAUGGUGCGGUUAUUACAUGGAAUUAUACGGAUCAUUAUGCUCAGAUCUCAUCAUCCAUGAGGAAUAAAACUUUAAGAGCAAUAACCAUAAGGGAAGACCCGUAUGUGAUGUGGAAAAGUGACCACGAGACGAGAGUCGGCACGGAUAAAUACGAAGUGACAGCAUAUGUUAUCGUAUCCUUGACGAUCUUCGUGUUAGCCCGCUUUUCGCCUUACGAAUGGUACAAUCCACAUCCGUGCAACGAGGAAGGAGACGUUGUGGAGAAUCAGUUCACCAUAUGUAAUUCACUGUGGUUUACCAUCGGAUCGUUAAUGCAGCAAGGAUCCGAUAUUGCUCCGAGGGCUGUUUCUACUAGAGUAGCGGCCGGAUGUUGGUGGUUUUUUACGCUGAUUAUGAUUAGCAGCUACACAGCCAAUUUGGCUGCUUUCCUAACAGUGGAACGCAUGAAGUUGCCCAUUGAGAGCGCGGAUGAUUUGUCAAAGCAGAAUCUCAUCCGUUAUGGCUGCUACCACGGUGGAGCGACGUAUAACUUUUUCAAAGACUCAAAACUUCCCGUAUACAAGCGCAUGUGGGAUGCCAUGAGCGCCGAUCCGUCCAACUUUGUUAAGAAAGGCGCAGCUGGUGUGGCAAGAGUGAAAAACGAUAAAUACGCCUAUUUGAUGGAAUCACCAUCCCUGGAAUACGAAAUGUCCAAGGACUGUGAUUUAACGCAAAUUGGCAAUUUGCUGGACUCCAAAGGAUUUGGUAUUGCCACACCGCAAAACUCACCAUACCGGGACGAAAUUUCCAAAGCAAUAUUAAAACUGCAAGAAAACAGUGUGCUGCAUAAAUUGAAAGAAAACUGGUGGAAGAAGAACAAUUCGUCCUCGUGUGACAGCAUCUCCAAACCACAGGAUCAAGCCAGCGAACUGGGAUUAGCCAAUGUCGGUGGCGUGUUUGUCAUUUUGAUAGCUGGGCUUAUUUUGUCAUUUGCCGUGGCCAUCUUGGAGUUCGUUUGGAAAGCCAGAAAAACAUCGAUGCAUUAUCGCGACCCUAUCGGAACGGAGAUGAGCCGGGCUUUAUGUUUUGCGGUGCGAUUGCACGGGUCAUCCAAAAAGCCGGUGGUGAGACCUUCGCAUGAAACACUGGAAAAUCCAAAUAACUACGAUCUGUCACGGUCAACCUCGGUGCCGCUCAGUAAAGGAAAAUACUUAAUGUGAUGCAUUUUUUCUUUAACUCUUCCGCUUAUUACGGUAGCUGUAGCUGACCACAGAAAACAUGGUGAACUACUUAAACAAAAUAUGGAACUACAGUACUGCGAUAAAGAGAGCCCUGGACGGCAUAUGAAUGCUUUAAUUAAGGUUUUCCAUUAACUACUGUGUUAUUUUGGUUGUGUGGCUUCGUUACGCUACUAACACAAAAACAGGUGUCUAUGAAGGGAUGGAAACCCGAUUUACUGGUGCUGAGUUGUCUUUAUCUGAAACGUAUGCGUCUGGAGGACAUCAAAAUUGAUGAAAAGCAAAACACAGAAAACAAACAAAUAUGUAUCCAA